AUGUCAAUUUCAAAGUAUUUCACUCCUGUUGCUAACGGGUCACUUACUUUUAACGGCGCAAACAUCCAAUUCGGUUUUGAUGCUGAGAGCGACUCUCGGAGGAAUUAUGAUGCCGAAGACGGCUCACAGCCUCCUCUAAAUCAAUUAAAUGACGUAACCUUCCAAGCGGAAGCUGGUGAAAUGGUUUUGGUUUUGGGUUACCCCACUUCCACCUUAUUUAAAACUUUGUUUCACGGGAAAACUAGUUUAUCAUACUCUCCUCCAGGUUCGAUUAAAUUCAAGAAUAACGAGUUCAAGGCCUUUUCCAAUAAAUGUCCUCACCAAAUUAUUUACAACAAUGAACAAGAUGUACAUUUCCCAUUUUUAACAGUAGAACAGACAAUUGACUUCGCAUUGAGUUGUAAGUUUGAUAUCCCGAUAGGUGAGCGCGACCAGAUAAGAAAUGAACUUUUAAGGGAAUUCGGUCUAUCUCAUGUGCUAAAGACUAUUGUAGGAAAUGAUUUUUUUCGAGGUGUUUCCGGUGGUGAACGUAAACGUAUCUCUAUUAUCGAAACUUUUAUUGCGAAUGGUUCCGUUUAUCUAUGGGAUAAUUCUACCAAGGGUCUUGACUCCGCGACAGCUUUAGAUUUUUUGGGAAUUCUAAGAAAGAUGGCCAAGGCUACUCGUUCAGUAAAUUUAGUCAGAAUUUCCCAAGCAAGUGACAAAAUUGUUGAUAAAUUUGACAAGAUUCUUCUGCUAUCCGAUUCCUACCAGCUUUUCUAUGGUACUGUGGAUGAGUGUUUGACCUACUUCCAUGACACAUUAGGUAUUGAAAAAGAUCCUAAUGAUUGUAUUAUUGAAUACCUGACUUCUAUCUUAAACUUUCAAUUCAAAAACAAGAGUCUGGGUAAUCUAUCAAAUUCAUCAGCUACUAGCGUUCUUAAAAAUGCGACAGAAGAAGUUACCAAGUAUACUUACAAUUCUGAUCUCGACCUAUAUGACCAAUGGAAGCGUUCUUCGUAUUAUAGAAAUUUAAAGCAGCAGAUCCAAGAGUCUUCGAUUGAUGAAUCCAUCAAAGAUGUGGAUCCCUCUGAUAUCUCACCUAUUUUUAAUAUUCCGUUGAAAAAACAAUUAUUAUUUUGCACAAAAAGGGCUUUUCAACGAAGUUUGGGUGAUAAAGCUUACAUGUCAGCGCAAUUUAUUUCUGUUGUUAUUCAAUCCUUGGUUAUUGGUUCACUGUUCUACGAGAUUCCAUUGACCACAAUUGGUUCAUACUCAAGAGGUUCUUUGACCUUUUUUUCCAUUCUUUUCUUCACUUUUCUUUCUCUUGCCGACAUGCCUAUUGCUUUCCAGAGACAACCUGUCGUUAAAAAGCAAUCCCAACUUCAUUUCUAUAAUAAUUGGAUCGAAACACUUUCGACAACAGUGUUCGACUAUUGCUUUAAACUGUGUUUGGUUAUCGUAUUCAGUAUCAUCCUAUACUUCCUUGCUCACCUGCAAUACAAGGCUGCAAGAUUCUUCAUUUUUCUGCUGUUCCUUUCCUUCUACAAUUUCUGUAUGGUUUCACUAUUCGCUUUGACAACACUAGUCGCACCAACCAUUUCGAUCGCAAAUUUGUUUGCAGGCAUUUUAUUACUGGCCAUAGCAAUGUACGCCUCUUACGUUAUCUACUUGAACAACAUGCAUCCUUGGUUUGUGUGGAUUGCUUAUCUAAAUCCUGCAAUGUAUGCUAUGGAGGCGGUGCUGUCCAAUGAGCUUUACAAUUUGAAAUUGGAUUGUAGCAACACAAUUGUUCCAAGAGGUGCCACCUACGAGAAUGUUUCAUUCUCCCAUAAAGCCUGUGCUUGGCAAGGGGCCACUUUAGGUAAUGAUUACGUUAGAGGUCGUGAUUACCUGAGCCAAGGUUUAUCUUACUCAUAUAAUCAUGUGUGGAGAAACUUUGGGAUUAUCAUUGGAUUUCUAGUAUUCUUUAUUGCUUGCACUCUUUUUGCAUCUCAAUACAUUAAGCCUUAUUUCAAUAGGGAUGAAAUAGAGCGCAAUAACAGUGGUUUUUCAAGGUGGUUGCCAUUUUUCAACAAAAAGAGGGGCGUCAAGUCCUCAAGAAUUGAUAGCAGAUAUGAAGGAAUUCCAAAAUCGCACUCCGUUUCAUCUUCUUCGUCUAGUCUGUCAGCUGUUCCAUACCAGGUAUCGCCAACAAAUAAGGAAAUGACUUUAAGCGAUUACCAUGAAGAACCAAUUAGGGAAACCGUAGAAACUCAAAAACAUGUCAUUUCCUGGAGAAAUAUCAACUACACAGUCGGUGACAAGAAAUUGAUUAAUAAUACAUCAGGUUUCAUCAGUUCUGGUUUGACAGCCCUAAUGGGUGAAUCUGGUGCAGGUAAAACAACCUUGUUGAAUGUCCUAUCACAAAGGGUCGAGACAGGUGUUGUUAGUGGUGAGAUUUUAAUUGAUGGUCAUCCAAUGACAGAUGAAGACGCGUUUAAGAGAAGUAUAGGUUUUGUUCAACAACAGGAUUUGCAUUUGGACUUAUUGUCCGUGAAGGAAUCUUUAGAAAUUUCAUGCCUUUUGAGAGGUGAUGGGGACAAAGCAUAUUUAGACACUGUUUCAAAGUUACUGAAAUUACCACCGGACACUUUGGUUGCCGAUUUAAAUCCGACUCAAAAGAAACUUUUAUCCAUCGGUGUUGAACUUGUUACUAAGCCUUCACUUUUACUAUUUCUGGAUGAACCAACAUCCGGGCUGGACGCCGAGGCUGCAUCAACAAUUGUCAAGUUUUUAAAACAACUUUCUUUGCAAGGUCAAGCUAUUUUUUGUACUAUUCAUCAGCCUAGUAAGAGUGUCAUUAGUCAUUUUGAUAAUAUCUUCCUAUUAAAAAGAGGAGGGGAAUGUGUCUUCUUUGGACCAAUGGACGAUGCUUGCGGUUAUUUCAUGUCCCACGACAACACACUGGUUUACGAUAAAGAACAUGAUAAUCCUGCAGAUUUCGUCAUUGAUGCAGUAGGAAGUAGUAAUUCAUCGGUUGAAAAAGAUGAAAUGGAGGAAGGUUUUGCGUUGAACAAGAAAACUAUAGAUUGGAGUGCAUUAUGGGAAUCAUCUGCGGAGAAGGAACUGGUUGAAAAGGAAACAAUUAGAUUGGAAGAUGAUGCGCGCGCCUCAGGUGUUGACUAUACAACCUCACUAUGGAAACAGCCUUCCUACUUACAACAGUUAGCUCUUAUUACAAGAAGACAAUAUAUUUGUACGAAAAGAGAUAUGACUUAUGUCAUGGCUAAGUAUUGUUUGAAUGGUGGAGCUGGUUUAUUCAUAGGUUUCUCAUUCUGGAAUAUUAAGCAUAAUAUUAUCGGCAUGCAGAAUAGUAUCUUCUUCUGUUUCAUGGCUCUAUGUGUUUCAUCUCCAUUGAUUAAUCAAAUCCAAGAUAAAGCACUGAAAACGAAAGAAGUUUAUGUCGCCAGAGAGGCAAGAUCGAACACUUAUCAUUGGACCGUUCUUCUACUAUCUCAGUCGAUUAUUGAAUUACCAUUGGCACUUACAAGCUCUACGCUGUUUUUCGUUUGUGCUUUCUUUUGCUGUGGAUUUAACAACGCCGGUUGGAGUGCCGGUGUUUUCUUUUUAAACUACAUGCUUUUUGCCGGUUAUUAUGCAACUCUCGGUUUAUGGCUAAUUUACACUGCUCCUAAUUUACAAACGGCUGCUGUUUUCGUCGCGUUUAUUUACAGUUUUACAGCAUCAUUCUGUGGUGUUAUGCAACCUUAUUCGUUAUUCCCAACUUUUUGGAAGUUCAUGUACAGAAUCUCACCAUACACAUAUUUUGUGGAAUCGUUCGUUAGUAUUUUAUUACACAACUGGGAAAUCAAAUGUGAUAUGGGUGAGAUGGUCCCUGGACAACCUCUCGAUGGGCAAACUUGCGGCCAAUUUAUGGAGGCUUACAUUGAAGAAUUUGGAGGUUAUCUGUUUAAUAAGAACACUUUUACUGUCUGCGCAUACUGUACAUACACUGUUGGUGAUGAUUUCUUAGCAAAUGAAAAUAUGAGCUAUGAUCAUGUUUGGAGGAACUUUGGUAUCGAGUGGGCUUAUAUUGGUUUUAAUUUCUUUGCCAUGUUUGCUGGCUACUACUUAACUUAUGUGGCAAGAAUAUGGCCGAAAGUUUUCAAAUUUAUUGUUAAAAUGAUUCCCCAUAAAGGGAAGAAAUCUGUACAAAACUAA